UCAGCGGCGACAGCAUCACCAAUGGCGUGAUCAUACGAUCCAUUGUCUUUGCAAUGGAUGAUAAAUCCAACAAACUCCUUUUAGUUCCUGUUUUGACCGUUUUAUUUGUCAUGAUCGGCUAUCAGUACAUCUGUCCUGCGGGCAGCACGUCCUGUCGGUUUGGUAAUGGAGAGAGUUUUCCGUUCUCCAAAUAUCCAGCAGACGUCAAGAGAAAGUGUCCGGAUCCAGACGAGGAUGCUCCGUUUAGAUUCCCGUCUAAAUUCAACUUCACGCGCGAGGACCUCGAUCGCCACGUGGAUUUCGACAUCAAGGAGAACGACGUGAUCGUGUUCCUCCACAUCCAGAAGACCGGAGGAACGACGUUCGGGAGGCACCUGGUGCGGAACAUCCACCUGGAACGCCCGUGCGACUGCCGCUCCGGCCAGAAGAAAUGCACGUGUCACCGACCCGGCAAAGCGGAGUCGUGGCUCUUCUCGCGGUUCUCCACGGGCUGGAGUUGCGGUUUGCACGCGGACUGGACCGAGCUCACGAACUGUGUCCCUGCUGUGAUGAAUAAAAAGCAAAAGAAAGAUGCGCCAUCGAACAGGCGGAACUUCUACUACAUAACGCUGUUGCGGGACCCCGUGUCGCGCUACCUGAGCGAAUGGAAGCACGUGCAGCGCGGCGCCACGUGGAAGACAGCGCUACACAUGUGUGACGGACGUCCUCCCACUCCAGACGAGCUGCCGGCCUGCUACAGCAGUGAAGACUGGACCGGCGUGUCUCUGGAGGAGUUCAUGGCCUGCCCCUCAAACCUGGCCAACAACCGGCAGACUCGCAUGCUGGCCGAUCUCAGCCUGGUGGGCUGCUACAACCUGUCCUCCAUGAGCGAAGAACGGCGCGCCGAGUUGCUCCUCAGCAGCGCCAAACGCAACCUGCUUCGCAUGGCUUUCUUUGGCCUAACUGAGUUCCAGCGCAAAACACAAUUCCUUUUUGAGAGGACGUUCGGCUUGCACUUUAUCACCGCCUUCACUCAGAUUAACGGGACCCGGGCGGCCGGGGUCACGGUUGGGACGUCUACACGGAGGCGCAUAGAGGAGUUGAACGCACUAGACAUGCAGUUGUACGAAUAUGCGCGGGAGAUUUUCUCACGGCGCGUGCAGUACUGCCACCAUCAGGAGCGGCAGGAGGAGAGAGAGAGGAAACGAGAGCAACGCAGGAGAAUGAAGGAACAGAAAGCAUUGCAGAUUCAACAACAGGAGGAUGGCGAACGAAAAGACUUAGAGCAGGAAAAUGUGGCGUUAACUGGGGUGACAGAGGACUACAGCAGUCAGGUGGUGAGGUGGUGA